AUCAACCUGCAGAACACUGCCUAUUUUUGGCUAAAGAAAUGAAAGCUCCUCUCACUGUGCAAAAGCCUUCUCAGACUGGUCCCUGAAACCAUUGUGCGUAGAUGCCUGCUGGUUGCCAUGGUGAAUGAUGCUGAUCUGAAGAAAUGAAUAAUGUGAGCACCGGGGGCGACGGUGGCAUUACUCAGUGGUGAGAGAGACAUCCAGGAGAGCCUAGUGCGGAGGAGGGAGAAGCACAUCAACUCGGAUUUGGUCCAUUCUCAGAGGAAGAAGUCUAACCAUAAAUACUGCCAGCAUCAGAACCGGGAUGAACAUUGAGGUUGGGAACGUGUCUUACACGGGAGCCAUCAUCUCCUGGUCGUCCUCAGAGCCCUGCCUGGAGGACUAUUACCAUAUUAUGUACAGGCCCAACUGGAACAGUAUCUUCUCCGGCUAUCUGCGCUACAGCUUCCACCACGAGGAGAAGGUGCCUCGAACCAUCACCUCCGUGGCGUUGGAACACCUCGCCCCUUCUACUCUCUACUUCCUCUGUGUCAGCUGCAAGAAGGCUGCCUUCCCAUACAGUCACUAUUGCACCAUGUUCCACACCCUGGAUAAGAGUCCACUGGCUGCGGGGGGCUCCCUGGUGGACCCCCAAAUUUCCCUUUGGGUGCUGAUGGCCAUCCUGCUGGCAUGCUUCACUGCUGUGCUGGCCUUCAUCUGCCUCCAGUUCUGGUGCAUCCGUUGUCAUGAGCCUCGAUGGUCUUACAGAGCUGGCCACAUGGAGGAGGCCAAUGGGUUGGUAAGAUGGCCUGAGGAGGCCCCAGCCCUCGGUCAGAGGGAAGAAGACUUGCAAGGGCUCCCCCUGGUGGAACUGCCGCGCAAGAACUCUGGGGCCAGAGCAGAAGCUGAACCAGAAGCGGAAGCCAACCAGGAUGCCUUGGAUGUGGUGGCCUUUGCAAGAGCGGGUGGUGACCAACCAGCCAGACGGCCUUACUAUAGAGAGUGAGCAAUGGGGAGGAGACGGCCCAUUUCACACAGCCCCAAUUGUUCUCUGUAGUGUGUCCUAUGUGAAAAUCUGCCUGUAGGCCACCCGCUUCUCUCCUCUCAAAUGUCAGUGUUGUCUGGAUGCCAAAUGACAACGCUCCCCACGCUGGAAAACACAGACCCUCAAGGUACGUCAAGGGUGAACAAGGCAUUGCUUUAGUUAAGAACUGCAGGCCUUGUUUCAAUACCAAAAUCUGCCAUGGCUGUAUCAGAGAGAGGGAAAGUACCUGGACCUGAGUCUGACACACUAGAAGAAAUGUGGAGUCAGACGUGGACCCUGAGCCUUGCUUUCAGUCAUUCCUUCUAAAAGGACGAAAACCCUGUUCUAACUUUCAGGCAAUCGCAUACCACAUCCUGCACCUCCAGGUUCAUUUUUUUUAGAGCUACAGACUGGCUUAUCACUAUUUAUCAUUAGCAGCUAACACCUAAAUUGACCUCAGCUUUAAAACAUAGACUCUUAGAAGAUAGCUUUGUAUUAACUCAUAAACAAAAAUCCAGGACCCUGUUGCUAUAAACAGAAGGGAACAUGUGUAAGAGUAAAUGCGACUACUUCUGCCUGCCGAUGCCUCUGGGCUUAAGGUCAUCUCUCUCAUGUCUGAUCAAAAGGGAGGCAAGCAUCAACACUAACAUAAAUGCCGGCCCUUUAUAUAUCGUAAGGUUUAGAAGAGAACUGGCAAGGGAAGCAUGUUUUUUGGUUUGUGAACCAUGUGUGUGAGCCACCUCAAAUGAUGUCAGCCCUCCCCCUUUGGUGUGCCUGAGGGUACAAUCUCACUACACAGCCUUGGCUGACUGAACUUGCCAUGUAGACCAGGCUGUGCUGGAACUCACAGCAGUCCUACUGCCUCGGCCUCUCGAGCGCUAGGACAGGUAGAUGAGUGCUACCACACCUGGGUUACAAGUUUCUCUUGGUUUGAAAGAAUUACCUUAAACAGUUUGACUCCUCUGGAGAAGACCCCUGUCCCCCCAUGUCUCCUCCUCACACCCCGAGUGCUGCAUUCAGCACUUCCUGGGUUAACCACGCUCCUAAAUCUGAAGAUCUCUAGACCUCUUUCUUUGGUAGGAGACAUGUUCCACUCUUAGAGUGGCUUUCCUUAUUCCUCCCAUAUGAGUCCCUAUUAUAAUUAAAACCUAUACAUAUUGCAGCACUGGUGGAACUUGGUGAAAACUAUUCCUUACCACACACGUGGACAUGAAAUUAUAGGUAGUUGUAGAUUAUGUCUCUUCACCCUUGAUGUAGACUGAUAAUACAGACUCUAACCCAUGUCUGGCCUAUAAGGGGUAUAUAGUAAAUGUCAUUGAAUGAAUGGGCAGAUGGACUGGAGACUUCAAAAGGACCCUGUGGGGUAAUUACUUGGAAUGAGGAUGUGCGCAUGUGAACAAAAGCCACACGAGGCAGAGGAGGCCUUCCUCUCAGAGGUUGCCCCAGCUAUCUACAAGGGCCUUCAAGCUCUGUCUGCAAACCCAGAAUCCCAGAAUCGCCAGAGUAUGUCCUGAUGAAUCAACCAAGAUCUGGGAGGAUCUGAGAAGCAGCAAGGAGAAUCCUCCUACACCCCAUUUACCCCCAACAUCAGCAUAGUACUCACCCCUCACCUCAGCUCCCACCCAGCUCCCCAACCCCCCAGAGCCUUGUUUACUCCACCCCUGCUAGCUGUGAACCAAUAAAGAUGGACGCACUUGC